UGUUGCUGUCCGGUUCCUUCUCAAGAAAAAAUCAAUGAAUUCCACUAUUGAUACAAGAGCAUCAAAAAAUGGAGAUAUAUUUUCCAUAUGGAACUACGAUGGUACAAUUGCAUAUGAUGACAUCCUUGAAGCAACUGAAGAAUUUGAUCUCAAAUAUUGCAUUGGGACCGGAGGUCAUGGGAAUGUUUACAUAGCAAAGCUACCUCCAGGGAAAGUAGUAGCUAUGAAAAAGCUUCAUCACUUAGAAGCUGAAGAGAAAGCCUAUGAUGAGAGCUUCACUAAUGAGAUAAAUGUAUUAACAAGAUUACGACAUCGGAACAUUGUGAAACUUUAUGUGUUUUGCUACCAUUCAAGCUGCAAAUUUUUAGUUUACGAAUAUAUUGAAAGGGGAAGCUUAGCUUGUGUACUUGGAAAUGAAGCAGAAGCGGUGGAAUUGGAUUGGUGGAAACGUUUAAAUAUCAUCAGGGAAAUCGCUCAUGCUUUGUCUUACUUGCAUCAUGACUGCACACUGCCGUUAAUUCACCGGGACAUAUCAAGCAAGAAUGUUUUGUUGGAUGCAGAACUCGAGCCUCAUGUCGCUGACUUUGGAAUUGCUAAAAUUAUGAAUCCUGAUUCAUCCAACCGCACUAUACUUGUAGGCACAUAUGGAUAUAUUGCUCCAGAGCUUGCUUAUACAAUGGUUGUGACAGAAAAAUGCGAUGUUUUUAGCUUUGGGGUCUUGACACUAGAGACAAUUAUGGGAAGACAUCUGGGUGAACUCAUCUCUUCACUAUCCUUCUCAAAUGGAAAUGGUAUAAUACUAAAGGAUUUGUUGGACCCACGUCUCCAACCACCAACACAAUCGGCAGCACAAUAUUUGACUUUCACAAUGAUGCUUGCAAUUGCAUGCUUGCACACCAAUCCAAAAUCUCGUCCAACUAUGCAAUACAUUUCUCAGGAACUAGAAAAUAUUACCAACCCUCAUAACAUCGCUUUUGCACAAUUUCAUUGUGGCAAGUAGGAAACCUUGA